AUGGCGGCCAGGUAUCUGCGAUACAUCGUCUUCGCCAUCGUCGCACUCGUCGUUCUCUUUNUCAUCUCCAGUUCCUCAUCAGUCCCCGGACGCGAAUAUGCCCAGAGUGCCACAGACCUGAUCAAGGACUCGAGCUCAAGAUGGCGUGGCUCGCAAGAGUCUCACGGCGAUGUCAAGCAAUCUCCCUCUGACCAGGGAACCACUCCCAACACCCACGCCGGUCUCCCUCCCGCAACAAACCCCGGCCCUCGCAUGAACGCCACCUUUGUUACUCUUGCUCGCAACUCGGACGUCUGGGAGAUUGCUCGUUCCAUCCGUCAAGUCGAGGACCGUUUCAACAAGAAGUUCAACUACGACUGGGUCUUCCUGAAUGACCAGCCUUUCGACGACCAGUUCAAGAAGGUCACUUCGGCCCUUACCUCCGGAAACACAAAAUACGGUGAAAUCCCCAAGGAGCACUGGUCCUUCCCUGAGUGGAUUGACCAGGACAAGGCUGCCAAGGUCCGCGCCGACAUGGCCGCCAGAAAGAUCAUAUACGGAGAUUCGAUCAGUUACAGACACAUGUGUCGCUACGAAUCCGGCUUCUUCUUCCGUCACCCCCUGAUGCUCGACUACGAGUGGUACUGGCGCGUUGAGCCCAGCAUCGAGCUCUUCUGCGACAUUGACUACGACACCUUCAAGUUCAUGGCCGACAACAAGAAGAAGUACAGUUUCACUCUUUCUCUGUACGAAUACGUUGAGACUAUCCCCACUCUGUGGGAGAGCACCAAGAAGUGGAUGAAGAACCACCCUGAGCACAUUGUUGAGGGUAACUCCAUGGGUUUCCUCUCCGAUGACAAGGGUGAAACUUACAAUCACUGCCACUUCGUGAGUAACCACACAAGCAGCCUUUUACGCAAGCAUACUAAUUCGUGUCCAGNNUGGUCCAAUUUCGAAAUCGGCAACCUUGACUGGCUCCGCAGCCCCGCUUACCUCGACUACUUUGAGGCUCUCGACAGGGAUGGCGGUUUCUUCUACGAGCGCUGGGGAGACGCCNCCGUCCACUCGAUCGCAGCCGGUCUGACGCUCAAGAAGGAGGAAAUUCACUUCUUCAACGACAUUGCCUACUACCACGUACCCUUCACCCACUGCCCCACAGGCGAGCAGUACAGAAUGGAUCACAAGUGCCACUGCAACCCCAAGGACAACUUUGACUGGAACGGCUACUCGUNNACUGCCCGCUACUACGAGCUCAACGGCAUGGAUAAGCCAGCAGGCUGGGAGCAAGAGAACAACUGA